CACUCACCGCUACCGCCGACUUCGUAACGGUUAGCCGUCGUAUUUUGGCGGCGCCGAUUUUACCGUUCGCCGGCGAUCUUCUCCGAAACUCAUUUGUUAUUCCCUUGAAAUCCUCUAAAAAUAUUUGCUUCUGUGAUUUGGAUUUACUCUCAUUUCCGAUUUUAAUAAAGCUGUGUUUUGUUUGCUUCGUCUUACUGAAAAUAAUCUUUGAAAGGUACCAAUCGCUCUUCCAUUCCCUGCUAUUUUCCUUGGCAUCUCCCUUUUCUUUGGGUGAUUGAAUCCGCAACCACUGGAAUCAAAAUUUCCUCUAACAUUACAUUGCUGGAAGUAAACAAAAUGAUUGGAUCCUUUCUUACCAGAGGACUUGUGAUGGUUUUUGGCUAUGCUUAUCCAGCAUAUGAAUGUUACAAAACUGUUGAACUGAAUAAGCCUGAGAUUGAGCAACUGCGCUUUUGGUGCCAGUAUUGGAUAUUGGUGGCUGUUUUGACAGUUUGUGAGAGAAUUGGUGAUGCUUUUAUUUCAUGGGUUCCAAUGUACAGUGAAGCUAAGUUGGCAUUCUUUAUAUAUCUGUGGUACCCUAAAACAAGGGGAACUUCUUAUGUGUAUGACUCCUUCUUCAGACCAUAUGUUGCAAAGCAUGAAAAUGAAAUUGACCGGAACUUGUUGGAACUAAGGACUAGAGCUGGAGAUAUGGCAGUUCUUUACUGGCAAAGAGCUGCAAGCUAUGGUCAGACAAGAAUUUUUGAGAUCCUACAGUAUGUUGCUUCACAGUCAACACCAAGACCUCACCAUGCUCAGGCUCAAGGUCCUAGGACCCACCAACCCUCUGCUGUCCCAAACCGUCAAUCAUCUACUAAAACACAAGCAGCCCAACCAGAGACCGAAGAACCACCUUCACCAACAUCUAGCACAUCUUCAAGUCAACACCAAAAGGAAGUAGCUGAAGAGGUAGGACCUUCAAAGGUGCCUUCUCAGGUGGCUAAACCAGCUAACCCUUCAGCAUCCUCAAAUAGCCAAAAAGCAGAUACUGCAUCUGAAAGUACCAGCCAGCCUGCAGAACCCGAAGCAGAAGCAAUGCAAAUUGAACCAGUACCACCUUCUUCAGAGAAUGAAAGCACAGACCCUCCUCCGAAAGAGACUCUCAUGGAAGAAAGCAUUCGAUUCACGCGCGGUAGGUUGAGGAAAACCCGUUCUACAGCCCGUUAAAAUAAUGGCAUUAACUCCUUUUUUCUUUUCUUUUUAGCUUACAGAACUAGCACUUAAAUCAGUAGGUGUAUAAUGUUAUUGAAUCAUUGUUGUUCGAACGUUGAUGUAAAUUUCCUGUCUUCAAGUUUAUAUUUCAUUUGUUGCUUUAUUUUUUCAAACAUGGGGAAGAUCCUGGGUCCUUGGGGCCAACUGAUUCAACCCUCAUCUGUGCAGUAGGUCCCAAAAGGUGUGACUAAAAAAGCAUGGAUGAUAACGUGAUUUCCAUCCUAGCGUGGCCUUUGGCCUCUGUCUAUUCUGGAAAUUGUACUUUGGAUGGACGAAUGAUAUAAAGUUCAUCUCAUAUCCAUGUUGGAGGGAUUUUGCA